AUUGACUGCAGCUGACAGAGCGAUGGCGGCGUCCGUCGACAUGAAAGAACGCUACCGAGCGAGCAUGGUUCUCAGCGGUGUGGGCGACGCUCUAGCAUACAACAACGGACACUGGGAGUUCUGUCACAACGGCAGACAGAUCUACGACGAAUUAGAGGAGCUUGGCGGCUUGAAAAAAAUCUCAAUGAAAAGUCGAUGUGUGAGCGACGACACCGUGCUACACAUCGCAAACGCUGAAGCCCUCGUGUCGAAAUGGAGCGAUCGUGAAGAACUAUUUCGAGCAACAGCCGCCAAGUAUAAAGAAGCGAUGAGAGACAUGGCCGGUCGGUCUCCCGGGGCAACCACCUCUCAGUCGGUAUACCGACUUAAACCCCGGGUACCACGUGGUUACGUCAUACCUUUCAAUGCUCGUGGUGGUGGGUGUGGUGCCGCUAUGAGAUCAAUGUGUAUUGGCCUUUUCUAUCCACGACGAGAGCAGCUGCCUGAUCUCAUUGCCGUGUCGGUAGAAACCGGUCGUAUGACACACAACCAUCCGACUGGCUACUUGGGAGCGUUUGCUGCCGCUCUGAUGACGUCAUAUGCAGUUCAAGGAAGAGAUGUUCGGUCGUGGGGCGUCAGCUUGAUGGACACUCUACCGGACGUUUGGAAAUACGUCGAGGAGGUUGGACGCGACGUGAAAGAGAAUCGGAGCACGUGGGACUACUUCACUGAUCAAUGGAAAUCGUACCUUAAAAUUAGAGGUAUUCAGGAUGGACAGUCGGAUCCAAAGUUUCCACAGGAUUUUGACUUUGAAGAACGAGACGUGUUUUAUAAGUCUCUAAGCUUUGCAGGAUGGGGAGGUGCUAGUGGUCACGAUGCUCCAAUGAUUGCAUACGAUGCAUUGCUGGGAGCGGGAGAUUGUUGGAGUAAGUUGUGUGAUAGAGGUCUGUUUCAUGGGGGAGACAGUGACAGCACGGGUGUCAUAGCGGGGGCUUGCUGGGGUGCAUUGUAUGGCUUUCACAAUGUGCCUAAGAAUAAUUACGAGAAGUUGGAGUAUCGUGAUCGUUUAGGGAAGCUCGCUGACAUGCUGCUGGAACGGAGUGUCUCUGAGAAGUGAUUGAGACAGCAGAAGUAAACACGUUGAUGCAUAUUGUAGGACGUGUUUUAGCUCUAAAUUCUUGUUUUUAUGUUUUUUAACUGAUGUGAUGGUUUGUUGCUUUGAUCUUUGCAAUUAAUUAAUUUUUAUUUUGUUGUGCAGA